AUGGGCAAAUCCAAGCCUCAGCAAAAGAAGGAAUCCAAGUCGAAAAAGUCCGUCCUCGGCGCAGGCGGCUCGGUUUCGAAACAGAAAAUGAACGAAGAUCCUUCCAAGCUCCUGGAGCAAGCGACGUUACUCCUACAGACCGGACAAGCGGAUACGGCAGCGCCGCUGGCAGAGCGGGCUCUCAACGAUGCGCCCGCCAAUUCGCCCCUCCAGCUGUCGGCCCUGAAUCUGGUCGCAGAGAUUUACGUGGAACUUGGGGAGGUUGAUGCCGCGACGCAGCAUUUCCUUCGCGCCGUCGAACUCGACGCGGAUGGCAGCAUACCUGAGUCUGAAGGAGGAGGCGCUGAGAAAUUCCUAUGGCUGGCUCAGUUGAACGAGGAGGGUGGACAGGCUAGUGUUCAAUGGUUCGAGAAGGGAGUGGCUACUCUGAGGAACACCAUUCGACAGCUGGAGGAGAACCCUGGCCCGGCGGAAGCUAUUGAAUUGGACGAGAAGAAGCGGAAGAUGGCCAACGCCUUGUGCGGAGUGGCCGAGAUCUACAUGACUGACCUUUCCUGGGAGGCAGAUGCCGAAAGCCGCUGCGAGGCCCUGAUCACGGAAGCGCUACUCGUUGGACCCCAUGUGCCCGAGGUGCUGCAGACCCUUGCCUCCAUCCGAAUCUCACAGCUACGGCUCGAUGACGCUCGUGCCGCCCUCUCGCGGAGUCUCGAACUAUGGAAGGACAUGCCGCCCGAGGAUCCGAUCAUUCCUGACUUUGCGACCCGGAUCAGUCUCGCUCGUCUGUUGAUGGAGGUUUCCAUGGAACUCGAGGCUCUGGGCGUGCUGGAGCGUCUGAUCUUGGAAGAUGACCAGAGUGUGGAGGCGUGGUACCUCGGAGGAUGGUGUCUUAACCUUCUGGCCGAGAAGAAAGAAGCUCCCAAGGACGCUGAAGAGGAGGCGGAAACCAAUGUGUCCCCCGAGGAAAAGAGACUCGCUUCCCUUGUUGCCAGUCGAGAAUGGCUCAAACAAAGCUUGACCCUCUACGAUUUGGUCCAGUACGAGGACGAGCCGAUCAAAGAGCACGCCAAUGAGCUGGUGCAGGAGAUGAACAAAGAACUGGGCGAGGAAAUGGAGGACGACGAAGAAGGCGAAGAGGGCGAAGAAGAUUGGGAAGAUGAGAUCAAGAUGGAUCUGGUACCAGCGCCCACGGGGGAAAGUUCGUCGUUGAAGAGCCCGGUGGUUGAGGUGGAAGCCGUUGAUAUGGCCCCGGCCGAUACGAAGGAGACCAUUGCGACCAUGGAGAACACAGCCGCUGUGGGCAACGAAGCCAUGCAGUCCGAGUAUGAAACCGAUAGCGACGAUUCGGGAUCGGACUUGGAGGCAGAGCUUGAGGUGUUGCACGACGAACAACUUCGCUGCGGGAUACCGGACGCCUGCUCCUUGGAUGAGGCUAUCGCAUUCCGCAACCGUCUCCACGAAGUCGGCAAAGCAGUGUUUGUACAAGAGACUAUCGGGGCGGAUACUAUUACCGCGAAGAAACUGUGCACUGCGUUUGGCAUUUUGCCUCCGGAUUUUCUUGAUGGUGCCCCAGACAGCGCCUAUCACCCUCUUUUGGCUAUCGCGAUCUCGCGGGAGUUCUCGAGGCGCCCCAAGCUUCCCCAGUACAACUCGAUAGAGGACGCCGUCAAGUUGCUGAAGGAGUCGAAGAAGAUCAUCGUGAUCACAGGUGCCGGCAUUUCUACCAGCCUGGGGAUCCCCGAUUUUCGAUCGAAAGACACGGGUCUCUACUCAAAGCUGGAACAUCUGGGCCUCAGCGACCCGCAGGAGGUCUUCGAUAUUAGCGUUUUCCGCGAGGAUCCGUCCAUCUUUUUCUCGAUCGCCAAGGACAUCCUGCCUACGGAGAAGAAGUACUCGCCCACUCACGGGUUUAUUCGCCUUCUGCAGGAUAAGGGCAAGCUCUUGACUAAUUACACGCAAAACAUCGACAACAUCGAGGCCAACGCAGGUGUCCUACCUGAAAACAUCGUGCAGUGCCACGGGUCGUUCGCGACGGCCUCUUGCGUCAAGUGUGAUUAUAAGGUCAUGGGUGACGAGAUCUUCGGUGAUAUCCGAAAAGGCGUCAUUCCGGAAUGCCCGUCUUGUCGGAAGAAGCUCGAGGAUGAUUCUCUGAAGCCACAGGGUAUGAAGCGAAAGCGCAGUACCAGCGCAACGCAAAAGCGUCGGAAAGCCGACGGGGAGGAUAGUUCUGACGACGACGAAGACUAUGAACUCCCCACCCCCGGUGUGAUGAAGCCCGAUAUCACGUUCUUUGGCGAGGAUCUCCCCGAUGAGUUUGGCCGCCGUCUCAUCCACCAGGACCGGGACCAGGUGGAUUUGGUCAUUGUCAUUGGGACUUCCCUGAAGGUGGCCCCUGUGGCGGAAGUGCCGGGCGUGUUGCCGCGCAACGUGCCGCAGAUCUACAUCUCUCGCACUGUAACUCUGACUCUUGUUCCAGCCCGUGUCACACACCAGCUUCGAUAUCGAUCUGCUCGGCGAUUGCGACGUCGUGGCGCAUCCGGCUCCGUGGCGAUGGAAUAUCUAAUUCGCUUCGCCCAGCUCCACGAGACCUUCCGACUGCCAGAGCUGCAGUCGUUGGCCUCGUUGGUAGGCACUGAUCUGGAAAUCGUACACUACGAUCCAUGUUCCCCAUACUGCAUCGUGAAAUUGCCAAAUGAAGAUGCCGCGCGCGCAGUGAUCGCCCGUAGCAUCCUCGGCAAAGAGAUCUUCGAGCUCUGGACCCAAGGCAGCACGUACGAGGAGCUGCACGCCAACGUCCGCGGGCGGACACAGCACCGCUGGGCGCAGUUCAAGCAUGAUUCAUUCCGGUUCACGGUGGACGGCUACGGCGGCCACCGCAGCUUGACCGAGAAGCGGGAGAUCAUCGGCACGUUCAACUACAUGGGUUUCGAGGGGCCCAUCCGGAUGAAGAACCCAGACCAGGAUUUCUGGAUCAUGGAACAGUACACGCCGGACUUUUCGCCCGACUCGCUCAUGUCCGAGUCGAAGGGCGAGAAGCGGGGCGAUCCCAAGAAGAUCUACUUCGCUCGCUGGAUCGGCAACAGCAGCCGCGAGGCGACUAACCAGUAUGAUCUCAAGAAGCGCCGCUAUAUCAGCACGACGUCCAUGGACGCCGAGCUGAGUCUCAUCACGGCGAACAUGGCGCACGCGGCGCCUGGGAAGCUCUUCUAUGACCCGUUUGUCGGGACAGGCGGGUUCAUCGUCUCCGCGGCGCAUUUCGGCGCCGUGACGCUGGGCUCGGAUAUCGAUGGGCGCAGCUUUCGCGGGAAGCAGAAGAAGGGCGAUCCGCCUGGUGUGUUUAGGAACUUUCAGCAGUACGGCACGGAGAGCAAGUUCGGGGAUGUCUUUACGUCUGAUCUCACGAAUACCCCGCUGCGGGAAUAUCAGUUCCUGGAUGGCAUCGUUUGCGAUCCGCCUUAUGGCAUCCGCGAAGGGCUCCAGGUGCUGGGAACGCGGGAAUCGCGCCGUGGGAGGAACGCUGCUAAGGAGGAAAUUAUCAUCGAUGGGGUUCCGGCUCAUUAUCGACCGGAUUAUAUCGCCCCUAAAAAGCCCUACGGCUUCGAAGCCCUGCAGAACGACAUUCUAGACUUUGCCUCGCGGACGCUCGUUACGAACGGCCGACUAUGCAUGUGGAUGCCCACCGCCAGCGACGAGGACGAGGAGCUCGCCACGCCGCUGCACCCGAAUCUCAAGUUGAUUAGCGUGUCUGUGCAGGAGUUUAACUUAUGGGCCCGCCGACUUAUCACUUAUCAGAGACUCCCCGAGGGCGAAGUCUCGGAUGUGUCGUCUUCUAGACAGCUGAAGGAUGGCGAGAAGGGAUAUACCGCGAAUGAGUUGAAUGCGUUCCGGAAGAAGUACUUCGAAAAGAAAAAGGAGAACAAGACUGGCAGUGAAAAGGGAAGCCCUGCCUCGCGGUAG